GAAAUUGCCAAUGCAAUUACUAAUAAAGUACCACCAAGAAAACUUCAAUGAAAUAUUCAAAUCUGAAAAAAGUUCGAUUUUGGUUUUAAUGGAUCUAGACAUGGUUGAUGGUGAUCGGGAUCUUUCGAUCUCGAAGAAACUCAAACAAAGCGAGGUUGUUCUAUGUGAUGUAAUGGAUGCUCAAAUAGGGGAAGUUCGAGCUGAAGUUUUGAUGUGCCAUGGAAAAGCUGAUAUGGGCACCAAGGGAAAAUCAAAAUUAGUUGAUCAUGAUACAUGGAAACAAGACAUUAAGAAUAAUUCCUCCAGUGAUAUUGGCAAUUCUACUAGUGUAGCAGGAUCAGUGGAUAGUGCUUAUCGUCUCAGGGGUUCAACUUCUGGAUCAAUUAAUUCUAACAAUAUUAAUGGUUCCAAUUCUGACAUGUCAUAUCAUGAUGAUGAUGAGGUUGGCAAUGAUUGUGGUGAUUAUGCUGAAGGCGACGAUUAUGAUGACAAUGACGACUACUUAUAUGAAGAUGAUGAAGAUGAUUAUUUGACCAUCCAGUCUCAAUUUGAUAAUGUGGAUCUUCCUCCUGGAGUAGAGGCAUCCCUUCCUUGGCUGAAGGAACCUGCUUCAAGUGCAAAUACGACAUCCAACACCAGCAGCUCAACUAUUCCUAGUCAUUCCGAAGGCAAAUUUAAGACAACCACUUCUUGUCUGUCUGAAAACAAGCAGAUUGCAUCUACAAGCAGCUCAAUGGUUCCUGCAGAGUUGAGCUCUAAUGGUGAAGUAGAAGAUAAUGAAGAAGAUAGUAUCAUGCAAAAGUACAGGAACUUUAAACAAUUUGAUACUGUCGAAGACUUUUCUGAUCAUCACUAUAGGGGCACGGGGGUCUCUGACCUGCCGCCUCCCAAAAUUUGGGCCAAAAGAAUUCAGGAUGAAUGGAAAAGUUUGGAGAAAGACUUACCAGGUACUAUAUUUGUUAGAGUUUAUGAAACAAGGAUGGAACUUUUGAGGGCUGUCAUUGCAGGACCUGCAGGCACUCCCUACCAUGAUGGCCUUUUUGUCUUUGACUGUAUAUUCCCGCCUACAUAUCCUAAUGCGCCACCGGUAUAUGGUAUACUACUAUUCAGGGGGCUUCGAUUGAAUCCAAAUUUGUAUGAAUGUGGGAAAGUCUGCCUCAGCCUUUUAGGCACCUGGUCUGGCAGAGAGACUGAGAUGUGGAUCCCAGGGAAAUCAACCAUGUUGCAAGUUUUGGUCUCAAUACAAGCCCUCAUUCUAAAUUCAAAACCUUUCUUUAACGAGCCUGGGUACGAAUCAUCAUAUGUGGGGGCAGAAGGGGAUAACAGAUCUAAGAAGUACAAUGAAGAGGUGUUCAUUUUGUCCUUGAAGACAAUGAUGUAUACUCUACGAAGGCCACCAAAGCACUUUGAAGAUUUAGUCAUCGGUCAUUUCCACAUUUAUGCACAUGAUAUUUUGGUAGCUUGCAAAGCUUAUGCAGAUGGUGCUAUAGUAGGCUCUGUUACAGUCAAAGAUGGAGCAGCUGAUGUUAAUAGAGCUGACAAGAGUUCCUCGGGUGAAUUCAGAGCAACUGUAAAAAAGAUGAUAAAUGCUCUUAUUACGAACUUCACUAGGUUUGGAUCAAUUGACUGUGAACGGUUCCGGAUUGAUGACAAAUGA